AUGUUUGCCUGGGUGGCACCUUAUGUACCGUACAACUAUGAGGACGUCCGCAUUAUCACGCCUAUUACGGUGCUGUUGACGUUGGUGCAAAUGGAGAAGGGUGAUAAGGAGAUCAGGACAUCGUACUUAACAUCGAUGGACAUUUGGUUUGCUGCUAUGAAGGCAUUUACUGCUCUCGAAAAGUAUCGUCUUACUCGACUCUAUCAUCGCUUCGACAGUAUAAGUCGAUUUUUAUCACCUGUCGUUUUUAUUAUGUUUUUCAUGUAUUAUGUGUUGUUCAUAGCUCAAGGCGAUGAUCGUGGUUGUGUAUCAAAAUAA